AUGACAACUGCUGAUUUAAAUAAUGAUGAAUUCGUCGAUAUUAUUGUUGCUAAUCAUGGUUCAUCCAGCGUUAGUGUUUUGUUUAAUGAUGGACAAGGACAGUUUUAUAAACGCGAUACGUAUUAUAUUGGCGGUAGGCCAAUGCCAGUUGCAGUAGCUGAUUUAAAUAAUGAUUCAUUUAUGGAUAUUAUUGCUUCGAAUUAUAAGGAUAACUUCAUUUAUAUCUUUUUGAAUAAUCAAGAUGGAACAUUUCUCCCCUAUCAAACAUUUCAAACUGAUCCUGAAAUCCUUGCAAUAGCAACAGGAGAUUUUAAUCUUGAUGGCAAAAUAGAUAUUGCUGUUACUUCUGAAGGAAAAGAUACUUUAAAUAUUCUUUUAAAUUUAUGUUAA